AUGAAUUUGAGUUCACUCAAAAAUCAAAUAACAGAUGUCAAAAAGUCAAACAUAGACAUACAGAAACAAAUAAGUGAAAACGAAAAGAAACUAGAAUAUGACAGACACACAAAGAAACUCAAUGAGUUAAACGUAGAGAAAAAGAAGAAAGAAGAACAACUGAAAGAACUAAGUACAGAGGAAUAUGCGAAAAAAGUGUCAGAAAAAGCAGCAGAAGUAGCAAAAAUGGAACAAGAUGUUAUAAAUUUGAAAAACCAUACUACUCAAUAUAAAGUACUGAAAGAUGAAGAGAUAAAACAAAAAGCCCUGAAGACAUAUAUGGAUAGCGAUGAGUAUAAAAAAGAAGUUGAAGCAAAUGUAAAGGCAGAAAAACUUUUACAGUUGCAAAACCAAACCGUACAGUAUGAAAACUUAGCACAAGAAAGUAAAAAUAACGACGCAGCCAUGCAAAAGGCAAUGAAAAGCGCAGAAUAUAUAAAAGCUAAUAAUGACUGGUUAGAUGCCCAAGCCAACGCUAAAGCAGCCCAACUUCUAGGGUCAAUAAGGACAAAAAUACAAGCGGAUGAAGACAGUUCAAAUGAAGCUUUAAUGAAUGCUGACUUUAAGAAUGCCUUCGAAGCUCUUCAUAGUAAGGUGAAACUAGUGAACGACUUCUCAUCUGGAAAGAAACUGAAGUCUGAAGGUUUCGACAAAGAGUUAAGAGAAGUAGCACAAAAUAUGACGAAAAUAACAGAUGCAGCAACGAGACAGGCAGUUCAAAGUGCCUAUGACGCCGUUAGAGCAACUGUUGUGGAAAGUCAAGAAAAAGAGUUACAACAGACCAAAACAGACCUAGUAAAUGCUUUCUUAAGAACGAAAAGUCAGGUAGGACAUUAUGCUGCAGAUGGAACAUAUGUGCCAGCUGGUGGAACUUAUAUACCACCAAACCCUCCAAGAGAAGCACCUGCACCAGGACUACCUAAAACAUUUACAUCGUCACAUGGACACAGACACAGGCAUGCACCAAAACCAACACAACAACCAACAGUUCAAAAUCCAGCACCACAACAACA